UGGUGUGUGUAACAUGCGGUGCUCUGCAGUGCUGGUGUGUGUGGGUCUGCUGCUGCUCUGUGACUCUGCUGAAUCUCAGGGACGACGCAAGAAGAAGGAGAGGGCCCAAAACCUCGUCAUUAGAGAUGAUGGCAAAACUCUGGUGUGUCCAGUGGAGGUGGCGUUCCUGGUGGACAGCUCGGAGAAGGCCAAGGCGCUCCUGUUCGAGCGCCAGCGGGACUUUGUGCUGCGCUUCAGCACGCGUCUGAUGCAGCUGCAGGUGUCGGGGUGGCGCGUGCGCAUGCGCCUGGCCGUGCUGCAGUACAGCAGCUCCGUGUCCGUCGAGCACAACUUCCGCGACUGGCAGGACCUGGACGUCUUCCAGAGCCGCGUGGCCGGCAUGUCCUACAUCGGCCACGGCACCUACUCGGCCUACGCGCUGUCCAACGCCACGCAGAUGUUCGGCCAGGAGACGGCGCGCAGCAGCCUGCGCGUGGCGGUGCUGAUGACGGACGGCGUGGACCACCCGCGCAGCCCCAGCGCGGUCUCCGCCGCCGCCGACGCCAAGAACCACAACAUCCGCGUCUUCGCCAUCGGCCUAUCGGGACAGGCCAAGGACAUGAUUGGCAGCACCAGGCUCCGGUCGGUCGCCACGGCGCCCCCGCAGCAGCACGUCUUCAGCCUCACCGACCCGCAGCUGGACGACAAGCUCUUCAGGGAACUGAGUGCUUCCGUGAACGCCGGAUGUCCGCAGCCCCAGACCUGCCAGUGUGAUAAGGGGGAGAGAGGAACUCCAGGAAACCCAGGGAAGCCCGGUGAUCCUGGCUUUGAUGGAGUCCCAGGGCCUAAAGGAUCCAGAGGGGAAGCUGGGAACCAUGGUCGACCAGGCAUAGAUGGCCUUGAGGGAAGGUCGGGCUCAAGAGGAGACAAGGGAGAGAGAGGAGAGUGUGGUGCCCCUGGAACAAAGGGAGAUCAAGGAUCUGACGGACCCCCUGGCCCAAGAGGACCUCAGGGAGAGCAGGGACCCAGUGGUGGCCCAGGUGACAUCGGACCAGAGGGGCCUUCAGGUUCCAAGGGAGGGCGAGGGCCCAGUGGAGUGGCUGGCCCCCCAGGAGAUCCUGGCAUCGGCUUCCCUGGCCCCAAGGGAGACAAAGGCAACCAGGGCAGACCAGGACCCACCGGCCCAAUCGGGGUGGGAGAACCGGGCCUACCGGGACCUUCUGGGCCGACUGGAGUGCAAGGAAACCAGGGCUUCCCAGGAGAGGGCCUUCCAGGAUCCAAAGGUGACAGAGGGUACGAGGGGCAGAAAGGCUCACGUGGAUCCCCAGGGGCAGGAAUCCAGGGUGAUAAGGGGGAGUUUGGAGAGCCUGGCCUGCCCGGCCUGAUGGGGUUCCCUGGGGCAGGGAUUCAAGGAGAGAAGGGAGACCAUGGUCCAGUGGGUCCCCCCGGCCUCCGAGGGUCCCCGGGGAUGGGCAUCGUCGGCCCGAAGGGGGACCAAGGCUUUCCAGGAGAGCACGGACCGCAGGGAGAGAGAGGGGUCGGAGAGCAAGGGCCAAAGGGGGAGCCGGGGCCCGCGGGCACUGCAGGGAUCCCUGGGUUUCCAGGAGAGGACGGAGCCGUGGGGCCCAAGGGGGAGAUGGGCCUACCUGGGCCACGCGGGCCGGAGGGAGCACCUGGGAAAGGCCUACCUGGAGAAAAGGGUGACCGUGGCGACAGGGGCUCUCGAGGCCUCCCAGGAACCCUAGGAUCGGUGGGGCCCGCAGGAGCCAAGGGGGAGCCAGGCUCAAUGGGCAUGAUUGGAGUUCCAGGCCCACCUGGGAGAGGCGUACCUGGGCCUAAGGGUGACACAGGCCCAGCAGGAGCCCAAGGGCCAGUAGGAGAGCAAGGAGUGGGGAUCCCCGGACCAAAGGGUGAUAGAGGAACUCCUGGACCACUGGGAUCACCAGGACUAAAGGGAGAGGGCUAUCCAGGGCCCCAGGGCCCCCCAGGACUGACAGGAGAGUCGGGGGAGAUGGGACCCGAGGGGAAGGGGAUCCCUGGGCCAAAGGGUGACAGGGGAUCCCAUGGCUCUCCAGGCCCGUCUGGACCUCCUGGGAUCGGACUGAUCGGUGAAAAGGGGGCGGUAGGCCAGCCGGGGCCUGCAGGUGUACACGGGCUACCAGGAGAGGGCAUCCAGGGACCCAAGGGUGAACCAGGGUUUCAGGGGACAACAGGACCACGAGGACCCCCAGGAGAUGGACACCCUGGAGAGAAGGGAGACCGGGGUAACCCUGGUGAGCGCGGGAGGAGAGGUGACAGAGGUGAAUUAGGCCUGCCGGGGCAAACUGGACCAGCGGGGUUACCUGGAGAGAGGGGAGGGGCUGGAUUAUCUAGAGAGGAGGUGAUCCGGAUCAUAAGAGAAAUAUGUGGCUGCGGUAUCCGUUGCCGUGACAGCCCUCUGGAGCUGGUGUUUGUGAUUGACAGCUCGGAGAGCGUGGGUCCAGAGAACUUUGAGGUGGUGAAGGACUUUGUGAACGCGCUGGUGGACCGCGCGGCGGUGAGUCGGGAGGCGACGCGGGUCGGGGUGGUCCUGUACAGCCACGUGGACCUGGUGGUGAUGAGCCUGCAGCAGAACCAGGGCCGGCAGGAGGACGUGAAGGCGGCGGUGAGGAAGAUGCCCUACCUGGGCGAGGGCACCUUCACGGGCAGCGCCCUGCGCACCGCCACGGAGCUGUUCCAGGCGGCGCGGCCCGGCGUGCGCAGGGUGGCGCUGGUGCUGACGGACGGGCAGGCCGACCGGCGCGACGCCGUGAAGCUGGAGGACGCGGCCGAGCAGGCGCACGCCGCCGGAGUGGAGGUGUUCGUCAUCGGCGUGGUGAACAGGAACGACCCGCUGUACGCCGACUUUGCCAACGAGAUGAACACCAUGGCCUCCGACCCCACCCAGGAGCAUGUCUACCUCAUCGACGACUUCAUGACCCUCUCCACGCUGGAGAGUAAGCUCCUCAGCAGGAUCUGUGAGCAUGACGACGGCUCCCUGUUCAGGCCCGUCCCAAACUUCCUGUACCCCAAGGGCCACAGCCAAACUUCCCCAGGCAGGACGGACAAACCCACCUACGACGACAGUGACCUCUAUCGUCCUGACAACGACCUCUACAGACCCGACAAUGUCCCCUAUCGUCCUGACAACGACCUCUAUCGGCCUAACAAUAAGCCCUAUCGACCUGACAGCGAGCUCUACCACCCUGACAAACAGCCACAGCCUCCAGUGGAGCCGGAGCGCCCUCCAUUCCCCGAUCGCUCGCCGACAUUCCCAGACGGCACGCCGACAUUCCCAGACGGCACGCUAGACGAGAACGAGAUCGAGAUCGACAUCGGCCACACGCCCUCCCUGUACGAGGGGCCGAUCCACACGUUCCCUGAGAUCACCGUGGAGUCGCCUCGAGAGGUCAUGUCGGAGGUCGUCGCCAUGGUGAUCCCCCAGACGCCAGACACUAACUGGCACUCGGACCCGGCGACCCCCCCUCCCGUGUCCACCCGCUCCUCACCCCCGCAACUGGCGGACGGAUUAGUGCAGGAGCCAGGCUGCGGUCAGGACCUGGACCCGGGCCCGUGCCGCGAGUACGUGGUCAUGUGGUACUUCGACCCGGAAGCAAAUUCUUGUGCCCAGUUCUGGUGGGGUGGUUGCCAGGGCAACAGGAACCGUUUCGAGUCGGAGGAUCUCUGCAGGAAAGCCUGUGUGAAGACGUAACAGACAUCCUGAUCAAUAUUGUGCCCAGGGGAUGGCGCAGCAGAGCGCGUCCCCGUUUGAUGACGUCAUACACCAGCGUGAGUUGGACACACUUAUGAAGGGACGAUGGCAGAAGUCCUUUGGGAAAAGACACUGAAGAAAACACGGAGACAACCUCUGACAAAACCUUCAAUGUUCUCAAUAUACAGUACCAGUCAAAAGUUUGGACACAAAAGUGUUUUCUUUAGUUUUAUUAUUUUCUA